AUGUCUAUGACAAAUGCUGAAUCUCAACCAAUUGCUAUAGUUAGUUUAUAGAUGGAAGAUGGGACCGAAGAGAUAAAAGUAUAUGAAGGAGAGGAUGUUGAAUUAGAAGUUGAGCUUUUUUGUUAAAGAUACAAACUUGGUAAUGAUUGCUUAGAAUAUCUCGUAAAUUAAAUUAAGCAAUAACUAAAACGUGAACCCUCGCCUAGAUUUGCAGAAUUUAAUAAGUAAUAAUUUUUGAACAAAGGCCCAUCUCAAACAAGGAGUAGUAAACAGAGCGACUUUGGCCUUAUAAUAUCAGCCAGUUCUGAUGAGAAUUAGGUAUCAGCAUAAAAGAGUUAUGAAGAAUGGUAGAAAAAAAUUAAUAGGAAGAUAGAGGCCAAUUCAAAUUCUAAAAUGUAAUGGAAUUUGCCAACAUCAGCUAGGUCAAAUAAUUAAAACAAUCCUAGGUCCAUCAAUACAAAUGAUAAACUAUAUGGAGAAACAAAUACUCAACAAUAAAAUAAGAUUGAAUAACAAAAAUAAAAUUAAAUUUAUAAGGGGUAGUAAAUAGUUUCAGAAACCACACCUAAAACCAAUAUAUCUCCAAAUUUUAAAAGUGCCAUCCAAUAAAAAAAGAAAGUAGAAGACAAUUCAUUAUUUAAUAUCGGCUAUUAAACAAAAUCAAAGGGAGAAGAAUAACAUAUAAAAAAAUAAUAAUAGGUUUUUUAGCUUUAAAAAGAGCAAUCAUCACUCAGAUCCUUUUAACCAAGAAGAUCAGACAUAAGCAGUCGUAAUCACUCUUAGCAAAAUAGAUCAACCAGCAAUAAAAAAGAAAGAUCAAACACACCAGUCAACGAAAAGCCUUACAUUUAAGAAAAGGAAAGAAAACAAUACAAAUUUGAACAGCUUAAACAAGAAUUCUAAAAAAUGUAUUCUAAUCCGUAAAUAAAUAAUGUAUACUAAAAAGAAGAAAAUAAAAAAUAAACUCAAUAAUAGCAAGUUAAAAAGCUAUUUACGGAUUAAAUUGAGAGAAAGAAAAAAAUUGAAUAGAAAUAACGAGAACAAUCGAUUUAAAAUAAUUCUAAGUUUCAAAAUUAAAUUAGUAAAGAAUAACUUUAUUAACAACCUUAUAACAAAUAGGAUCAAGAUGAUAUAAAAUAAAUUGAAUUAAAGUAGAACAAUAGAAGCACUAGCAACCUGUCGUAAAGAUAAGACUCAAGAACUAAAAUUAAUAACUCUAAAACUUGCUAGUUUGAUUUAAAUAUAAAAAAGAUUUUCAGGUAAUUAGAUGGAGAUAAAGAUGGUUAUAUUAGCAAAGACAAGGUGAAUUUGUCAGGAAUCGAGGUGUAAUUACUUGAAUUAGUAAGUGAGGCAUUAUAUAAAAUUGAAGAAGAAGAUCUAGUUGCUGAUCAAAUUUAGUUUAAAAGUAUUUGUGAAUCCGUGGGAUUAUAUACGAUACUAAAUAAUUAAUUAAUUUGA